CCUACCAAAACUGGUAGGAAAGAGAAUAUAAUACAUAAUGAUAUGCCUUACAGGAACUUUGCCACUUUUAGCAUUUUGUUGUCACUGCAUCUUCAGCUAAGCUGUGUUUCCAUGGAAGCAAAAUCACAGAUCCAAAUCCCAAGAGUGAAACUGGGCAGUCAGGGAUUGGAGGUUUCUAGACUGGGCUUUGGGUGUGGAGGACUCUCAGGAAUAUAUAAUCCACCACUCCCACAUGAAGCUGGAUGUGAAAUUAUAAAGGAAGUUUUUUCGAAAGGAAUCACCUUUUUUGACACAUCUGAUCUAUAUGGAGAUAAUUAUGACAAUGAGAUCAUGGUUGGGAAGGCCUUAAAGCAGCUUCCUAGAGAAAAAGUUCAGUUAGCAACAAAAUUUGGCAUUAUAAGGUCAAAGGGAUUUCAAUUUGCAGUGAAUGGCAGCCCAGAAUAUGUGAGGCAAUGCUGUGAAGCUAGUUUAAAGCGGCUUGAUGUGGACUAUAUUGAUCUGUAUUAUCAGCAUCGUGUGGACAGUUCAGUGCCAAUAGAGGAUACUAUUGGGGAAUUGAAGAAGCUGGUAGAGGAGGGAAAGAUAAAGUAUAUUGGGUUAUCUGAAGCUAGUGUAGAUACUAUAAGGAGGGCAAAUGCUGUUCAUCCUAUAACAGCUGUAGAAAUGGAGUACUCGUUGUGGAGUUGUGAAAUUGAAGAGGACAUAGUUCCAGUCUGUAGAGAGCUUGGUAUUGGCAUAGUAGCAUAUAGCCCUCUAGGUCGUGGGUUCUUUGCUGGGAAGGCAGUGGUGGAAAGCUUGCCUGAUAAGAGCCUAUUGGUUAUGCAUCCCAGAUUUACUGGAGAGAAUUUAGAGAGAAAUAAAGUUAUAUAUGCCCGUCUUGCGGACCUGGCUGCAAAGCAUGCCUGCACUCCACCUCAAUUAGCACUGGCUUGGCUUCUGCACCAGGGAGAAGACAUAGUUCCAAUUCCUGGGACAACUAAAUUGAAGAACCUUGAAACCAAUAUUGGGUCCUUAGCAGUGGAGCUAACACAAGAAGAUUUGAAAGAAAUUCGCAAUGCUGUGCCAAUUGAUGAAGUAGGAGGUGAAAGAGAAUAUGAAGCGUUCUCUAAUUAUGUUUACAAACUUGCAAAUACUCCACCUAAAUAACUGCAAAAACCUAGAGCAUCUGUACUGCUAAACACAAAUUAUGCUGAUCACUCCAUUUGCUUGAGCCUGGAAAAUAAAUGUUGAAUUUGGGGAUUAAUGAUUUGAAAUUUGUCACUGUUCA